GGCAGCCAGUCUCCCAAGCGAUGCCAGCCGCCCCCCGGUUAUCAUCUCCUCCUCCUCCCUCGCCUGGCCGGGCGUGCGCCAGGGCGAGGAGGAGGCACAGGGGCGCCGCGUUUGGCAACACUGGGCGCUGCCCAGAACUAAGCCGGGGCGCGCGAGGGCAUCCUGGCAGAGGAGAGGGCACAGAGCGGGAAAAGAAGACCCCCCCAGCACCCACCCCCGUGUUCAGGUCAGGAUGAUGCUCCCGGUGACCGAAUGGCUUUGGCAGCAUGAAUACUGGCUACCUCCGGGGAUCACCUGGGAGGACAUGAAGGAGACAGACGAGAUCCGCUACCCUCAGCCCCGGCACCUCCUGCUCAGUGUCCCUUUCGCUCUCCUGCUAGUAGCAAUCCGGUUCAUCUUUGAAAGGGCUGUCGCUAUGCCACUGAGCAGAAAAAUGGGACUGAGGGAGAAAGUGCGAAGGAAAGCUUCUCCGAACCCUGUGCUGGAAGCUUUUUACACCACGCAAAGGAAAAGCCCCAAAGAGGGGGAGCUGAAGGGUCUGGCCAAGCAGUGUGACCUGGAACCCAGACAAGUGGAGAGAUGGUUUCGAUAUCGGCGUAACCAAGACCGGCCCAGCUUGACCAAGAAGUUCUGUGAAGCCUGCUGGAGGUUCACCUUUUACUUGACUUCCUUCUGUACCGGUCUGGCUGUCCUGUAUGAUAAACCCUGGUUCUGGGACCACCGUGAGUGCUGGGUCGGAUAUCCACAGCAGCCUCUCCUGCCCUCUGUCUUUGGCUACUACAUGCUGGAGCUGUCCUUCUACUGCUCCCUGAUCUUCACCCUGCCAUUCGACGUCAAGCGGAAGGACUUCCACGAGCAAAUCGUCCACCAUGGCAUCACCGUCUUCCUCAUCAGCUUCUCCUACUGCGCCAACUACAUCCGCAUUGGCACCCUUGUCAUGAUCAUACACGAUGCGUCUGACUUAUUCCUGGAGCCUACGAAGAUAUUCAACUACCUGAAGUGGCGACAGAUUUGUGACACUCUUUUUAUCACUUUCUCGGCCAUUUUCCUGUUCACUCGCCUGGUCCUCUUCCCCUACAAGGUCCUCUAUAACACGUAUUACUACUCCAUGGAGCUCUUCCAGCCUUUCUUCGGCUACUAUUUCAUGAACGCCCUCCUGAUGACUCUGCAGCUUCUUCACGUCUUCUGGUCGUACCUGAUCAUCCACAUGGUCUACAAGUUCUUCCUCUGCGGCACGAUGGAGAAGGAUCUGCGGAGCGAUUCGGAUGAAAGCGAAAAGGUCAAUGACGAGACGGCACAGGAGAAGGAAGCCAAGAAAAAUGGGACCAACAACUGCAUUGGCAAGGAGACCCCCUUGCAGCUGAACGGCAGAAGCCCCCCGGCCAACGGUCACGCCAAAACCAGAUAACUUGACCCAGCAACUGCCUAGCCCCCUAACCAAUCCUGCUCUACGCCCAUCCUAGCUCGCCCCUCCUCGCCGUAGGCUGGAAAGACAUAAACCUAGUCUUUUAGCCACACCUCUGCUCCCUGCAGGAAAACAAAUCAAAGCAACAACAACAAAAAGGACUGUGCUUCUUUUCGUAAUAUUAUCCUGUUGAUGAUGCUGAUGCCUUGAGGUUUGACAGAGGAGGGAGAGCAGGAGAAAGGGAUUGGGUAGAACAAAGGCAGCCUUGCCUGUUUUAUUCAGCUGGUCCUGAUUACACCUUGGCAAGGCUGUCAUAACACGGAACAACCACCACAAAAAACCCUUAUAAUUUCCACCAAAUCUGUCAGCUGGGUUGUUUUGCUUUUCUGCACUCCUCUCCUGGAAGGGGGGCGGUCAGCAACAGGAACCCCCUGCUCGCAGCUCAAAACGGUUGGAACUGGGAGACAAUGAAGUCCUCACGGAAACAGCCGAGUCUCCAGCUGGGGCGUGGGGUUAGCAGAGACAGACGAGGGUCGGCCCGGCCCGGCCUGUUGCUGGACAGAGAAUGCUGCUUGGAGGCCUGCGUGGGGCGUUUUGAAGCUGAGGUUCCCCAGAGAGGGUGCAAGAAGGACCCGUGGUGUCUCUUUGGGGAGAUGAGACGAGAAAGUGGAAAUGACGUGGGAGGGGGGACUGUUGUUGUCGUUUGUAUGUCAGUGUAGGGUGAUAGGAGCCGGCAUUGGGUGGACCAGUCUGUUGGCCAAGAAGGAAAUUGCUGUGCUGUCCCCCGCUAAUUCUGAAGGGGGAAUGGAGGGUCUACACUUGAUCCUGCAGUUGUCUCCUGGGUGGGAAGUAGGGUUGGUCCCCACUCCGGAGACUUAGAGAGAGAGAGAGAGAGAGAGAGAGAGAGAGAGAGAAGGCGCACCCCACUGCUGGAACCAAUAAACUCAGUUCGCAAAAGAAACGAAAACUGCUUGCCUCGCUCCAUUUUAAUCCACUUGUCCUUGGCACAUCCACAGAAGAGCCUGAAACUAAACAGUUGGAAAAAUGGCGACUCCAGGAGUCCACCCUGGCCUGCUCAACCCACCACCAGCACCAUCACUAUACCAGUCGUAGCUUACGAAAGACGCCGUCUGCACGCACGAAGAGGCACUCUCGCCAUUCUUAGCACACUCAGGUCGAGCGCCUUAAGCACCUGGUCUGGAGAGCAAUCGGAGGCAGCAGAGGAACUGGUCUGGGUGCCCAGCCCACCUCUGCUGAAGCCCCAUUAAAUGGAAGGCCAUGAGAAAGAGCCUCAUUGGACUUGGCCAAGGGGGUGGGGGAGGUCCAUCUCAUUCUGGGAUAAGGAACGGGUGGCCCUCCAGAGAUUGAUGGAUGCCCCGUCAUCCCUGACCAGUGGGGCCAUGGCUGAGGCUGAUGUGGGGAGCCCAACAAUAUCAGAAUGGCACCAGGAUCCCCAUCUCUGACCGAGUCCCAGUGUCCUGUUCCCAACAGAGGACAGCCCAGUGGGAUGUCCUACAAAUAGAUCUGAGAUGAAGAUAGCUACCUCUUGUUCAUCCCCAGCAUAUUCAGAGGUAUACUGCCUCUGAACAGGGAAGGUCUCUUUAGCUUUAUGGUGAAGAUGAUAGGUGGCAUUGCCACCUAUUAAGGUAAGCUGUGCUGCAUGCGGACCAGAGCCGCAGGCCGCCAUCCCAUUUCCAACAGCUUCUGUUUAUUUCAGUGGGGCAUGCACAGGAGAAUGCCCUGGUGGAUCAGGCCCUGUGUGAACUGGCGAGGGAGGGUUGCUGUUGGGAUGUCCGACCACAGAUACCAAAAUAGCCUUGGGCUGGUUCUAUGGUUGACUGUGCAAUCCUAACCACUUCUUAGAAAUAAGCCCCAUUCAAAUCAGUGGGGCUUACCCCAAGGUAUGUAGGGUUAGGAUUGAAGCCCAGAUCUUGAAAUUCUGGGGCUCAGUGGAACACACAUAUGUAGAAAAGAAGUGAAGGCCCGGGGGGGGGAACUGAAAUAUUCAGGGGGGGGGACCUGAUUCCCCUCCCCCAAUUUUUCUGUCCCGCCCAUUUUUCCAGGGGAGAGGAAGGGGAAAAAAUCAGGAAAAAAAUUUUUUUUGUUUGCCAAUUCUUUUUUCCUGGGCUUUCACAUCUCUGGGAGAGACCAGGUUGGCUGGAUGAAACUAGCAACGAGCUGUCAAAUCCCAAACGCUGCUGCAUGUCAACCUUCCAAUAUACUCUUUAAAUGCUAACUGCUAUUGCAUGUCAACUGGCAGAGAUACUGUUUUAAGCGCUGGCUGCUGGCAGGUUUUGUCAAAUAUUAGACAGCGCUGCAUGUCAGGAAGGAACGAUGUCUUACUUUUGAAUGUAUGUAACCAAACUCUGCAAAAAUAAUGUAAUCGGGGACCUGGGGUGUGGGGGAGGGAGGCUGAAUUUAGGAUGAGAGCACUUAUUCCAGCUGUUUCUGUGGGUAUAUUGACUUUUAUUUAUUCGGCUAACAAACUGGCUAGUAUGUCUCUUUCCUAAAAAUUACCACCGGGGGGAGCCAUUGAUUUUUCAUUUGAACAAAAUUAAAGGUUUCCCCUCCCCCUUCUACUAACAA